AUGGGGACACCCGUCAAGAUUUUAGUUGUUCGAAACCACAUCCUCCUUCUCUUAUUCUCUGUAGUUGUCCUACUAGCUGCUAAACGCUCUUUUCUUCCACCCUGUGAGCCAGUUAAUGAGACUGUAGCUGUGGAAAAGGAGGGCUGUCCAAAAUGUCUGGUGUUUCAGACCACCAUCUGCAGUGGCCACUGCCUGACAAAGGAGCCUGUAUACAAGAGCCCAUUUUCCACUGUCUACCAACACGUGUGCACUUACCGGGACGUGCGCUACGAGACCGUCCGCUUGCCAGACUGUCCUCCAGGGGUGGACCCACAUAUCACCUACCCUGUGGCUCUCAGCUGCGACUGCAGCCUGUGCACCAUGGACACAUCCGACUGCACGAUUGAAAGCCUGCAGCCUGACUUUUGCAUGUCUCAGAGAGAGGAUUUCCUUGUUUACUAGCCCCUUUUGGCCCCAAGACUACUAUCCUGUGUUUAGCACAUCAAAUCAAAGUGUACACCAGCUGAUAA